AUGCAUCUCCCCGGUUCUGUGGAAAAGAGGUUAACAGUCUUUUACCACGCAGGAAACGAAGAUGUGAUGGACAAACGCCUGUGUGUAAUCUCUGCCGAGAGACAGGUACCAAAUGCGAAUAUCCCGAGGUCCCAACUGAGAGGUAUCGUGAUCCCACCCGACCAUGAGCUUAGCCGUCGUGUUGAUGAGCUGGCCCAGUUGGUUCUAAAGCAAUCGGAAGCCAUCGACACAUUGACCAAGGAGUCAAGGAUACGCAAUGCGCGUUUCAGCCCGUCUUCUACCCGCCGCGAUGGUACUACUUCUGUUUCCCCAAUAGCUGCUUACACUUCUUCGGAGUCGGAAUUCAGCCGCAAUGCCUUGUCAGCACAAUCUAUCGUAAAUGGCGGAGGCGAGGAGUCAAGACAUGCUAUGGUCACUACGGAACACCGAGCAGACCUAGACGACACCCCUCUGACCAUUCCUGUUGGUCAUCAAACCACUACGGGAAGUCUGUUCUCUUUAACGCCGCUAAGGCCUCUACUGGGAGAGUACCCCGAGGAUUUCAUGAUGCAAAUUGAGCUCCGUCGAGUACUCAAAUUCGGGGGACGUCGCACACAGAGUUUCGAAGAGGAGUUGUCAUUUCUGGAUCUCGGCCGCGAGUUAAACGAGGCUUUGAUUGACGCUUUCUUCUUUUACAUCUACCCCAAUUUUCCCGUCCUCAACCCUGGCAUAUUCCGAUCUGUCUAUGACAAAGUGAUGGAGCAUGGCUUCCACCGUGAUGCCGAGUCGGCUCUGUGCCUAACAGUGCUGGCUUUGGGCAAGCUCGCAACAAAUUUAUCUUCCCCCGGCAACGCCGAAACCCAGGACGACCUGAAUGGAAUGCAGUACUUUUCAAUUGCGUAUGAAAUUGCUGUUGUGGAAUGGGGCGCAUCCCUUGGCGCGGAUGUGGUCCUGCCCUCGGCGCUCGUACACGGUGCUAUAUAUCUCUUUCACAUGGCGAGACCGCUACAAGCGUGGAAGCUUGUGACUCUCGCAUCGUCGAAUUUACAGCUUAUCAAGGCUAGACUGUUCCUCGCUCUUUGCUCCGUCAGGCGGCUCUUCAAUAGAAUCCACAACACCCUCUAUUCUAAGAGCGAAAGUAAUUUGGCGCCAGUGUCAAUAGGAGCGACUUCCAGAAGUGGUGACUCGGCUUGGUCGCAUGGCACGUUGACGUUGAAUUCGCUCGUCAGCAUUUGCGCAGAGCUCUCUCGGCAGCUAGACACUUGGUAUGUGUCUUUACCGGAUGCGAUACGGCCAGACUUCAACAACGACAUUCCUCUCGACCUCCACGAUGGAUGGUUGCGCCUUCGCUAUUGGUCUGCUCAGCAUAUCAUUUACCGGCCAUGUCUUCUAUAUGCCCUUUCUUCCCAGGAAAGAGAGGAGCUACCAACGUACAUCAUGACCAAUUGCGCCGCCUGCAUCCAGAGCUGCAGAAAUUGUAUCAAAACAGCACACCAUCUCCGCAUGCAUCGAACCCAAUACACCUGGAUGACUACCUAU